AUGGUAUUUGACAUGUUAGUGUAUAGCAGAUACCAAGUCAUCUAUUGCUUGCAGUCAUCGGAAGUUCAAUGUGAUUGCUUUAUGUUCCAAUCAGAUGGUAUUCUAUGUUGCCACAUUCUUGCUGUUCUUUUACAUUUUCGUGUAACAGUAGUGUCCUCACAGUACAUUCUAUCCCAAUGGAGUAAAUAUGUUAGUCGGAGACACACAUACAUCAGGAGUAGCCUUGACAUGGACCGUUUUGACGAUAGCAUGACCAUUUUUAGGGAAUUGUGUUAUGAUUUUUAUAACGUUGCUCAAAAUUUCGUGGCUACUCUAGAGGUUGCUACUAUAUUGCGUGAUGCCAUGCCCAGUGCUCGGCACGAGCUCAAAGAAUACAAGGAAUCCGAGCAUCAAGUUGCACAUGUUCCAAGUGCAAUUAACUCGCAUAUGCGUGACGAGUGUCUCGUUAGCAUAGAUGAGCUAUAG